CCUCUCUCUGUCUCUCUCUUUCUUUCUCUCUGUUUCUUUUUCUUUUUAUUCUUUUUCUUUUCCUUCACUCCUCGAUCUCGAGGAUUCGAUCGAAACGAGCACAAUCUCCGCACAAUCGGAGAAGAGGGAGGUCUCUCUCUCUCUCUGUCGGAACUGAAAAUCGAACGAGGUGCAUGCGAGACGCGUACACGCGAGCCGAGGAGUCACGCUCGAAGCAACAGAGCGAAAGAACCCCGUGGCGAACCACGAGAUCGAUAGUGUUGUGGCAACCGCGUUUAAGACUGCCCUGCCAAGCGGUAUUCCGUCCGUAAGAUACUGGAUAGUGGAAACAGCUGAUAUCGAGAGAAUCUCUCUUUCCUUUCGCAAAAUUAAUACGAGCGAUAACGACGAGACCUCGAUUUUCAAAUCGUGCACACGGGACGGUUUUCCUGGAGAGAGUAAUACUUUAAUUAAAACUUUGGUUAAAUCCAAUCCAAAAAUACCUAUCUCAUCGAUUUCACAUCGUCUUCCUCGCGAUCACGAUUCUCGACGGUACGACGGCGUGUUUUACGACAGCAGGGAAAUCGACACGUGCAACCUGUGCAUUCAGUGUUCUCCAGAGGAGUGUAAAGAAGCGAAAAAAAGUCACGGUGAUCCAUUCCACAGUGGAAACUUGGCGUUAUCGAAAAUAUGACGAGGUGGACCGAGAUAGUUUCACGUCUACAAAGAGUUGAUGGUUAUCUGAUAGCGAUAACGCUUCUCACUUUAUACGUGAAUACGGAGGCGGUACCAACCAAUGUCGUCAUCAGUGACACCACUGCCGCGAAUUACUUGGCGCAAUACGGAUAUCUACCGCCGAUAAAUCCGGAAAAUGGUGCCUUUUUAAGCGAGGAGAAAUUGACAGCGGCGAUAGAAGAAUUCCAAGCGUUUGCCGGCCUUAACAUAACAGGUGAAUUGAAUGACGAGACCGCCAAGCUUAUGGCUACACCGAGAUGCGGUGUAAAAGAUAAAGUUGGGCCAGCUGCCGAUGGAAGAUCGAAAAGAUACGCUCUUCAGGGCUCCAGAUGGCGUACAAAGAACCUGACGUAUAAAAUUAGCAAGUAUCCAACUGGUCUGAACAAACAGGAAGUGGACAAAGAAAUCGCAAACGCGUUCAACGUUUGGUCGGGUGAAACCGACCUGACGUUCACCCGUAAAAAAGGGCACGAAAACGUUCACAUCGAAAUCAGAUUCGAAGUGGGCGAGCACGGCGAUGGUGACCCUUUUGACGGGCCUGGCGGUACUUUGGCACACGCGUAUUUUCCCGUAUACGGUGGUGAUGCCCACUUCGACGACGCCGAACGAUGGACGAUCAGAAGUUAUCGCGGUACCAAUCUCUUCCAGGUCGCGGCUCACGAAUUCGGGCAUUCGCUCGGUUUGAGUCACAGCGAUGUCAAGAGCGCCUUAAUGGCACCAUUUUAUCGCGGCUAUGAUCCACACUUUACUCUGGAUCAAGAUGAUAUUAGCGCGAUUCAGGCUCUAUAUGGGACGAAAACUAAUUCGCGAAGAUCGCAGCCUCUGCCGCCUGCCGAAGAAGAUCCUGAAUUGUGUAAAGAUCCCAAGGUCGACACGAUGUUCGAUACGAAAGACGGCGAGAUAAUUGUGUUCAAAGGAAAAUAUUACUGGAAAUUAACGGACAAUGGUGUGGCUAGCGGAUACCCUAGACGUAUUAGUAGUACGUGGAAGGAGCUUCCGGCAAACAUAGACGCUGCAUUUACAUACAGAAAUGGCAAGACUUACUUUUUCAAGGGCACGCAGUACUGGAGAUACAUUAAUACGACUAUGGACGGUGACUAUCCGAAGGAAAUUAGCGAUGGUUUUACCGGUAUUCCCGAUAACAUCGACGCGGCUACCGUUUGGACCGGAAACGGCAAGAUUUACUUCUACAAAGGUACAAAAUUCUGGCGCUUCGAUCCGGCGUCGAAACCACCGGUAAGAAGUAACUAUCCUAAACUCAUCCAAAACUGGGAAGGCAUACCGAAUCCCAUCAACGCGGCAGUGACCUACAAGGGCUACACGUAUUUCUUUCAAGAUAACGCUUAUUAUCGAUUCAACGAUCGACAAUUUAAGGUGGACGACGCUAAUCCCGCUUUCCCAAGAUCGACAGCGUAUUGGUGGUUCGGGUGCAAGUCCGCUAGCAGAGGUACAUUAGGUAAUGACCAUUGGCCAUUCGCAUUUACCAGUAAUUUGGACGUGGCUGACAUGUACGACGAUUACGGUAGUCUUGACAGCGUUGGCGACAUCAUUCUAGACGCAGGAGGAACCGAUGAACUUGUUACGUCAUCGAAUCACAAUCAAGGAGACUCCGAAUCGUCCGCGAAUUCGUUCCGAUAUGGGUCGGAAAGGACGUGGCAGCUUCUCCUCAGCAGCACUAUGACAGCGAUCAUCGUAAGAUUUGUCGUGGCUACGUAGAAUUACGUAGGGUGGUGUCCAUUACUCCGUUGGAUAGAUGCGAUGGGCCGAUCACUCGGAUCGAUACGUACGUACGUGCGCACGAGCAAGGGAACGAAAUGCGAUCAAGACCGGGACGGAACUUUUUCCCUAUAAAAAAUAGUGAACAUAUUGAAACUCGAUCAAUAUCGAUCUCGCUGAAGUCGCACGAAGUCGCAUCGUCGUUGAUACAGUGAAACAGGAAUUUGCGCUCCUGAUAAUUAAAUUAUGUAGAUAGUUAGAAAAUUAUGCAAUAUUCCCGCCCAGUUUAAUUGUUGAUUGCCGCAUGAAUUGUCCAUUGCGCAAGCGUAUCAUUGCACCUAUUUGAUUUGCACACGUUUACAGCAUUUUGAUAAAUGCAAACACAAAAUAUACGCGAAAUAUCUUUAUGAUAUAUCUCUGUGUUAUCACUUUGAUAAUGAUGUUUCACGCGCGUAACAUAACAUGGAACAUCCUACACUGCCUAUUUAUCCCUCAUUCGCCAAGACUUUGAAUAUUAAAAGCACUUAUCGAUGAGUCCGAUUGGGACCCAAUAAUUUGACUAGAUCGCGCUAUGCGUAAAGGAUAUUAAGACGUUGCGACAUGACAAUUAAUAAUUAAAAAGCAAUAAUUAGAUUUUUGACUGACAAUAUUUAAAAAAAAAUAUUUGUUAAUUAAAUGAAAGUGCUGUGUGAAUAUUAUAAUAGAUCCUUCUACUUAUGUAACGUAAAUGCUAAACUAUUCUAUGCGUAAUGCGGCAUUUGCAUUGAUAUAUUAUUUCUAUGUCUAAGUUCAUUUGCAUGCGCGAGCCAUUUAUAUGUAUGUAAAUAUUCAUAGUCUAAUAGCGUCACUGUUGCUGUGUUACGUCUAUGCUAGGAUAACCGUUAUCUUACGUGCAAAAGAGUGCCUUAGAAAAUAUUUUUGUAAUUUAUACGAUCCUCUAAUAAGAAUUGUAAAUGUAUCAAGUCUGUCCUCAAGCGCGACUUUCUCUGUAUGAGAAAACUCGAAUCAAACACACAGGUUUGGUUCAAACACAUGUAAAACCUCCAUACGUUACGUAUAUUUGAAGAGAAUUCUUGUUUUUCUCUAAACGCUUCCCUCGCGAUUUUUCUCAAUAAUAACUUGUUUGUCUUGUAGCUUUAUAUGCAAUUAUAUAUAAUAUAUGCGCACACAUACGCGCACGCGCACGUGUGUAUGCUAGAGUAUUAUAAUUAACUAUAUGCAAAAAAAAUUGUCAGACCGAUCUCUGACAUUCAUGGUGCUGCUAAGUGUAACAAUUUAUACAUUUAUAUAGUUCUUAUGUAUAAAAAAAAAUGUCUCUUUCAUUUCCGAGAUCUUAUAAAAAAAAUACCCUAUGCCUGAAAUGCAUUUAACAAAGAUAUACAUAAUAUUCAUCUUUUUUGGUAAAAAGAUAUUUGAAACAAAUGUUUUCGCUGUAUUUCCAAUAUUGACAGAUAUUUAAGAUAAUCUUAAUUUUUAUACAAUCCAUAUUUUCUUACAUUUCAAAAGUGUCAGAGAUAAUACUAUAAAAUUGUUUGACUAGUACUUAAUCGUUAACAAUUAUUUAGACUCCAAGUACUAUCAGAGUACAGGAAGAAAGGCUUUGUACUUUUUAUCACUAUUUAUUGAAUAAGAGAAUUUCUGUAUAACAAGAAAGUAAUUUGUUUAUUGUUUCAAGUUGAUUAAAUAGUUAUUUAUUGUUUAAGGCAAGUUAUCGACUGAUAUACAUAAAUGUAAUUGUGCAACGCCUUUCUUUAUGUUCCUACUGAUAUUAGAAUGUUAAGAAAUCAUAUCGAAACUUGCCACGCCAUUGUGUCGUGCCUUGAACAAAAUCUCUUGUAUUAUAUCCUUCAUUGUCAUACAAUUAAUAUUAAUAAAUACAUGUGUUUAUUUUAACUA